UCUGUCAUUGUCGACCGUGGCUUGGUACGCAGGCUCAGCACACGCUGGAUGGAAAGCUAGCAUACAGGACUGGACUGUCGGAAAGGCACCAAGGGCUGCUGUCAAAUCUAUCGUAAGUGCGGAUUCUUUUCCUCCAAAAGUUAGAGGGAUAAUGUCGAUUCACAAAUACAAAGCAUCGCGUUCAAACGACUCCUCGCCGGUGUUGUGCUUGAAAAUGUGACCUAUAGACUACGCAGUCUCGCCGGGGCAUGCCACUACAAUACUUCUGUGGGACAUCGCCCGUUGCUUUCACCGAGAUUCCCUCUGCUGCAGUUAUGUCGAGUUCAACCCAACUCGACUUCUCCGAAGUGGAAACUUUUCUGGAUAACCAUCCGGAUCUUUUCGAAGAUUACCUGCUGAGGAAGGGGAAACAUAGCGCGGUGGAGAAAUGGCUCAAACAGCACCAUCUGGGCAAAACCACGUUAGCUUCCAGCACGGAAAAGAAAGUUUCACCCAAAAAGUCAUGGGCGUCCAAAGCUGACGGCCUGCAGAGGAGACCGUCACAGAGGGAGCUCAGAAAAAGUUUUGCCCGAUCCAAGGCAAUGACCGCCAACAGGACUUACGAUGAGCAUGUCAACUCCAGAGACAAGGAGCCGCUUUCCAGCGUGAGGCGGCGAGCUUUGCUCAGGAAGGCGAGUUCGCUGCCUCCCACCACGGCCCAUAUCUUGAGCGCCUUACUAGAAUCCCGGGUGAACAUUCCUCAGUAUACAUCCACGGCCAUCGAUUAUAAAUACGAGCUCAGGGAUAGCAAUGAGAGAGAAUUCUUUCUGGAAUUAGUGAAAGACAUAUCCAACGACCUGGACCUGACCAGCCUAAGUUACAAGAUCCUCAUAUUUGUCUGCAUACUGGUGAAUGCCGACCGCUGCUCCUUGUUCCUCGUGGAAGGAAGCUCCACCAAAAAGACACUAAUUUCCAAAUUCUUUGACGUGCACGCAGGGACCACGGUGCUGCCUUCGUGCAGAAUGGACAACUCCAGCGAAGUGCAGGUGCCGUGGGGGAAAGGGAUCAUUGGUUAUGUGGCGGAGCAUGGGGAAACUGUCAAUAUCCCUGAUGCCUAUCAGGACCGUCGUUUCCGAGAUGAAAUCGAUAAAUUGACAGGGUACAAGACAAAAUCGCUGCUGUGCAUGCCAAUACAAAACAGUGAUGGUGAGAUCAUUGGCGUUGCCCAAGCCAUAAAUAAAAAUCACAGAGGAGCCCGCUUCAGUGAGGAUGAUGAAGAGUUGCUGGGGAUGUACCUCCCAUUCUGCGGCAUUGCCAUCUCAAAUGCUCAACUGUUUGCCGCUUCCAGAAAGGAGUAUGAUAGGAGCCGGGCGCUGCUGGAGGUAGUCAACGACCUGUUUGAAGAACAGACGGAUUUGGAAAAGAUUGUCAGAAAAAUAAUGCACCGAGCACAGACGUUGCUACAGUGUGAACGAUGUUCAGUCCUGCUCCUUGAAGACAUCGAGUCGCCGGUGGUAAAGUUUACAAAAUCCUUCGAGCUCCUGUCUCCUAAAUGCAGUGCAGAAUCUGAAAACAGCUUAAAAGACAGCAUAGAAAAAUCAUCAUAUUCAGAUUGGCUGAUUAACAACAGCAUAGCUGAGCUUGUCGCUUCAACAGGUCUCCCGGUGAAUAUAAGCGAUGCCUAUCAAGAUCCUCGCUUCGAUCCUGAGGCUGAUCAGAUUUCUGGAUUCCACACUCGAUCAGUGCUCUGUGUACCCAUAUGGAACAGUAGCCACCAAAUAAUUGGUGUAGCUCAGGUCCUCAACAGGCUGGAUGGGAAACCCUUUGAUGAUGAUGACCAGCGACUCUUUGAGGCGUUUGUUAUUUUCUGUGGCCUUGGCAUCAACAAUACCAUAAUGUAUGAUCAAGUGAAAAAAUCCUGGGCAAAGCAAUCUGUAGCUCUUGAUGUCCUUUCAUAUCAUGGAACAUGUCUAAAGACUGAGGUGGACAAAUUUAAGGCAGUGAACAUCCCACUUGCUUCUGAACUGAAUAUUGACGAAUUCUAUUUCAAUGACUUCUCCCUUGACAAGGAUGCCAUGAUCACGGCAGCUCUCCGGAUGUUCAUGGAGCUCGGAAUGGUGCAGAAAUUCAAGAUUGAUUAUGAGACUUUGUGCAGAUGGUUACUAACGGUCCGGAAGAACUACAGGACGGUUCUCUACCACAAUUGGCGACACGCAUUUAACGUUUCUCAAUUCAUGUUUGCGAUACUGACAACUGCCGAUUUUCAGGAUAUUCUAACAGACACAGAAGUUCUUGGUCUAAUGGUAGGCUGCUUGUGUCACGAUUUGGAUCACAGAGGCACUAACAAUGCUUUCCAAGAAAAGAGUGGCUCAGCCUUGGCACAGUUGUACGGCACUUCUGCUACGUUAGAACUUCAUCAUUUUAAUCAUGCAGUAAUGAUUCUUCAGAGUGAGGGGCAUAAUAUAUUUGCAAGUCUUUCCUCCAGAGUGUACAGUGACAUCAUGCAGCUUCUGAAGCAGUCAAUACUGUCCACAGACCUGACACUCUACUUUGAGCGAAGAACAAAAUUUUUUGAACUAGUGAAUUCGGGAGAAUACAACUGGCACAUAAAGGAUCAACGAGAAAUGCUCAGGUCAAUGCUGAUGACUGCCUGUGACCUGGGGGCAGUAACAAAGCCAUGGGAGAUAUCGAGACAGGUUGCUGAACUGGUGACGAGUGAAUUCUUCGAACAAGGAGACAGGGAAAGGUCCGAACUGAAACUCACCCCCUCAGCCAUCUUUGAUCGAAACAGGAAAGAUGAACUUCCAAGACUACAGCUGGAAUGGAUCGAUGGGAUCUGUGUCCCCCUUUACGAGGCUCUGGUGCAAGUCAACCCAAGGCUGAAGCCAAUGCUAAAUGGGGUUAUCCGGAAUAGGUGCAAGUGGGAGGAGAUGCACCAAAAGAGACAAGGGAGCAGAGACAACCCCAGCCGCAGAAAGAGCAUGCACGACAGCAGUUAAGCCUCCACGCGUCAUCUCCAAGGAUGGAUGACCAGCUAAACAUGGCUCGUACUCAACUGGAUUAGGACAACCUCCAGUUGUGCUUCAACAAGAUAUGUGGCUGUGCUGAGAUCUCUAUUGAGUUUCUGCAUGUAGCAAAACCCCUCUGCUCAAAACCAAGAGUGAAAACAACGAGUACACUGCAACAAUCCUGCUGCAAGCUUGCAUCUGAAAAGCUGCUAAGAAGCAAUUUAGCAGCGGGCAGGCUAUGCAGCUCUAUCCAGUGCCACCGAUUGCAAAGGGCUUGCUGUCUUCUGCAGAAAUAUACAGACACCAUAAGCAGGUUUAAGGAACAUCAAUUAUUUAAACAUCAGGACUGAGAACUGGAAUUUUCUGUGCAUCCUUUGUCUGCCGGACCCAUAUUAUGAAUCAAUUGUUCUCUGCUUUAUUUCUCUCUCUCCACUGCUGGAAUGUACGAGCGGUUUGGUUUAUCGUCUAUUCAUAGAAAAAUGUUUCUCCUUAGCUCUUCUUGUGUGAGGAUGCUUGAAAUCAGUCCUCUGCACUGUAUGUGUCCUAAAUUGAUGCACAGAGACAGGGUCCUUUUAGAAGUAGCCAUUGACAGAUGGUAUUGCACUGGUAACAAUGGCAGCACUGCUUUACUGCAAAGGCAUUACUUUGUGCUGUGAGCAAGGUCAUUUUUAAAACCACUGUUGGAUGUUGUUGGAUGUUAAACAGAUUGCAUGUUAAGGCAAUGCAAAACAAAUGUGUACAUGUGUUACAAGGCAAAGGAUGGCAUGGGAUUUUGUCAGCAUGAAAAAUUCAAACUAAAGUGAAAGAAGCAUUCAUCACUGCAAGAUGAGACUCAGGAACGAGAGGUCAAUCAGCAACCAUGAAGCAGAGAAACGUAACUGGUCAUAGGUUAUCGUGCCUGAUUUAACAAAUAUUGCAUGCAUUUCGCCUCCAUAACUGUCAGAUGUGGAAGAACAAUCGGAAGAUGAUCGCAAGAGUCUUUUAUUUUUGCGUGGAAGUUACUUUGGGCAAUAGGUUUUGCAGUGUGGGCACAUUACUUACCUCCUGCCCCUCUACUAUCCUCCAUUUCACUAGAGCAGCAUGGGAGCAGGCCCUUCGGCCCGCAGCUUUCUGGAAGAUACUGUUCACCUUUCCUAGUGUCACAAGUCAUAAACCCCAAUCAGAUUCCUUUUCAACAUGACUUGAAUCGCACUGAGCAUGAGCCAGUUUUGGCAGCUGACCUGUAAUGAUAUUUUACACAGUA